CUCGGGGGCGCGCACGUCACCGGGCGCCGUUGGCUGACUUCCGGUGGCGCGGACGCCGGAUUCCGCGGGAUGAGGAGAGAACAGAAGUGGGGCUUUUACAAUGUUGCCCUGUAAGAAGAGAAGAAGUACGGUGACAGAGUCCCCACAGCAUCAGGGCCAGCAGGAGGAGGUCGAUGUAGACUUAGAAUCGGCUGUACACCUCGACUCUGCCCAGGUGAGAGAGCUGCAGUCCGUGUCGCUGUGCUGGGGCCCGAGUCCUGACAGAAGAGCUGGCCCUGAAGUCGCGUGUGUGCAGGAUGCAGGGCGGCAGGCUGCUGCCGAGGACGCACCUUUGAGCGCAAGGACGCUCACCCAGGACACACAGUUUCCAGUCCUAGACGGUGUUGAUGUGGACAUGGCUCAGGGAAUCACCCUGCCUGCCUUGGAGUCCUCCCCUCCCCUUGACAUACACAUGGGUAAAGGAAAAUUCCAGGCCACUGGCACAAGGAGAUGGAGGAAAAUGACACCCAGGCCUGCGCCAGGUAUUCAAGAAGACAGAAGUGACCGUCUCAGCAAGAAGGAGCCUGUUUCAGGAGCUUGUAGUGAAGAAGUCAGGGAAGAAGGAGGCAGCGUGAUAGAGAACAAGAGAGAGACAGAGAGAUCUUCCAUCUGCUUGUUCACUUCCCAGAUAUCCACAACGACCAUGGCUGGGCCAGGCGGAGGCCAAGAGCCAAGAAGCCAUCCAGGUGUCGCACACAUGUGGCAGGCCAAAGUCUGCUGCUUUCCAGAUGAGGCAAAUGAUGAUGAUGACCCAGAGUAUAAUUUCCUGGAAGAUCUUGAUGAACCUGACACCGAGGAUUUCCGCACUGAUCGGGCAGUGAGAAUCACCAAAAAGGAAGCGGAAGAGCUGUUUGAAACUUUCCAAGAUGAGAUGGGAUUCUCCAACAUGGAAGAUGACGGCCCAGAGGAAGAGGAGCACGUGGCUGAGUCUCGGCCUAACUUUAACACCCCUCAAGCCCUACGGUUUGAGGAACCACUGGCCAACUUGCUCAAUGAACAACAUCGGACUGUGAAGGAGCUCCUGGAACAGCUGAAGAUGAAGAAAUCUUCAGCCAAGCCGCAGCAGGAGGUGGAGAGGGUGAAGCCUCGGACUGAGAAGGUUCCCCAGACUCUGAUUCUGGACCCAGCACAGAGGAGGAGGCUGCAGCAGCAGAUGCAGCAGCAUGUUCAGCUCUUGACACAAAUCCACCUUCUUGCCGCCUCCAACCUGAAUCUCAGUUCAGAGGCCAGUACCACCAAGAUAUUUCUUAAAGAGCUGGGAAUGUUUGCUCAGAGCUCCGUCGCCCUUCACCAUCAGUUCAACCCCAAGUUUCAAACCUUGUUCCAACCCUGUAAUUUGAUGGGAGCUAUGCAGCUCAUUGAAGACUUCAGUACACACGUCAGCGUUGACUGGAGUCCUCGCAAAACUGUGAAGAAGACUGCUUCUGAAUUUCUCUGUUUGCCAAAGCAAGUGGCUUGGAUCCUGGCCACAAGCAAGGUUUUCAUGUAUCCAGAGCUACUUCCGGUGUGUUCCCUGAAGGCAAAGAAUCCCAAGCAUAAGAUGACCUUCACCAAAGCUGAAGACAAUUUGUUAGCUUUAGGACUGAAGCAUUUUGAGGGGACUGAGUUUCCUAAGCCACUCAUCAGCAAGUACCUCCUGACCUGCAAGACUGCCCACCAACUGACGGUGAGAAUCAAGAACCUCAACAUGAACCGAGCUCCUGACAACAUCAUUAAGUUUUAUAAGAAGACUAAGCAGCUGCCUGUCUUACUGAAGUGCUGUGAGGAGAUCCAGCCGCAUCAGUGGAAGCCACCGGUGGAGAGGGAAGAACACCGCCUCCCCUUCUGGCUGAAGGCCAGUCUGCCGUCCAUCCAGGACGAACUGCGCCGCCUGGCUGAUGGUGCGAGAGAGGCAGGCAACGGGACUGGAACCCCUGAGAUCGGCGCGGAACAAGGACUGGAGAAAAGCAGAGCAGAGCUGGGAAGUGAAACUCAGUACCCACUGCUGUUGCCCAAAGGUGUAGUCCUGAACCUAAAGCCAGUUGCCAGCCAGUUUUCCAGGAAGGCUUGGAGACAGAAGCGAUCAUCAGUGCUGAAGCCCCUCCUUAUCCGACCUAACCCUUCUCUCCAGCCUGGCUUCAACCCUGGGAAAACUCCAGCCCGGUCAACGCAGUCAGAAGCCCCUCCCAGCAAAAUCGUGCGGAUCCCUCACCUGAUCCAUCCGGCCACGGGCACACCAGCAGUUCCCGGUAUCUCUCCGCUGGGGAUCAGUGGGACUGAUAGCUUUGAAUCGUCGACAGCACUGCCUACUAUGUCCUUGGAGGCCAGGUCCAGCUUCCCUCUGUCUGAUAGCCAGACUGUGCUCUCCUCUGCCCCCGUGCCCAAGAUAAUGCUGCCUUCACUUGGUCCAUCCAAGUUCAGAAAGCCAUGUGUUAGACGGAGAUCCUCAAAGCGAAAGGGUUCCAAGUCUUCUCCCUGUCUGAAAACCGCCCCCUUAAUCUCCCCCCCACCAGUUAUCUUUACCGUUCCUGCCACCACCGUGAAGGUUGUGAGCCUGGGCAGUGGCUGUAACGUGAUCCAGCCUGUCAAUGCAGCUGUGGCCCAGAGCCCCCAGACCAUUCCCAUCACCACCCUCUUGGUUAACCCUACUUCCUUCCCCUGUCCACUGAACCAGCCCCUCGUGGCUUCCUCCAUCUCACCCUUAAUUGUUUCCAGCAACUCUGUGAAUCUUCCUGUACCACCCACCCCUGAAGAUGAGGCCCACGUGAAUGUGGACAUUGCUUGUCCUUUGGUUGAAGGGCAGAGUGCCUUUCAAAGCCCAGUGCCCAAAUUGGAACCCCAGGAACUAUCUCCUGUGUGUACAACUGUCUUCCCCAAAGAGGAGCGCAGCCCAGGGCCUCCAGUAGCAAACAGAGAAAGCCAGGAGGGACUGUCAGAGAACUGUGCCUAUUGGACUGUUGUGAAAACAGAGGAGGGGAUACAAAUGCUGGAGCCUCUGCCUCCGCGCCUCCAGGAACAUCUGAACUCUGCCCCCGGGGGUCUGGAGGGAACAGUCAAGGUGGAACCUGAAGAUGCCGGGGAGGAAGUCUCCAGUGGACCCCCUGUGCAGGACGUUUGUGAUGGAGUCAAAGAAGAGCGCUCUGUGGAAAUGGACAUUGUCUCUGCAGGCUCUCCAUCCCCUCGGCUUCUUCCUCUUCCUCCUCUUCCGGCUCGGAGUUCUCCUCCUGGGAGUUCUCUUCCUCAGACUCCCCCUCCUGACUCAUGCGCCUUUCAGAUGCCAGCCAAGUCAGCUUCUCCAUAGUUUCCUGCAAGCCCCAAAGAGCACUCACAAUGGCUCCGACAGGCUCACUACGGCUCCAGCUCACAGAGCUGUACCGGGGCUCCUACGAUAAAGACUGGGCCCCACACCUGUGAGGAGCAGCAGGAAUCCCAGGAUGUAGGAACUUGGUGUGAGAGGUAAGUCUGGCUCACACCUGCUUUCCCAGGCCACAGCAGAGAGCUGGAUUGGAAGAGGAGCAGCCAGGACUAGAACCGGCGCCCAUAUAGGAUGCUGGCGCCACAGGCAGAGGAUUAACCUACUGUGCCACAGCGCUGACCCCGCCAGCAAUUUCUAUCUUAUCCUGAGGUCUUCUCCUCAUCCUCCAGUCCUAACUGCAUCAACUCUCUUCUGCAAAUUCACCUUCAUUACGAUUUGAGUGAAAUAUCAGAAAACAUAUCUGCCGGUGCUGGCUCCUUGGUGCAGUAGGUUAAUCUUCCGUCUGCAGUGCUAGCAUCCCAUAUGGACGCUGGUCCUAGUACUGGCUGCUGCUCUUAUGGUCUGGCUCUCUUCAGUGCACUGGGAAGGCAGUGGAGGAUGGCUCAAGUGCUUGGGCCCCUGCACCUGUGUGGGAGGCCCAGGGUUAACUCCUGGCUCCUAGCUUCGGAUCAGCGCAGCUCCGGACGUUGGGCCAUCUUGGGAAUAAACCAAUGAAGGAAGACCUUUCUCUGUGUCUCUCCCUCUCACUGUGGUUCUACCUCUCAAAUAAAUAAAAUAUUUUUAAAAAUAAAACAAAACAUAGCUGCCACUUAAAUCAGUUUCAUGGCCGGGCUUGUGGUACUGGGGUUAAGCUGUGCCUGAUGCCAGCAUCCCAUAUUGGAGCACCGAUUUGAUACUUGGCUGCUCCACUUCUCAUCCAGCCCCAUGCUAAUGUGCCUAAGAAGGCAGCAGAGGAUGGUUCAAGUUCUUGGGCCCCUUCCACCCAUGUGGGAGACGUAGAUAAAGUGCCUGGCUUCUGGCUUCAGCUUGGCUUAGUCCCAGGUGUUGCAACCAUUUGGGGAGUAAACCAGAGGAUGGAAGACCUCUUUGUGUGUGUGUCUGUCUCUGAUGUUCUACUUUUGCAAUAAAUAAAUUUUUAAAAAGAAAUGGUUCGAUGGGCCAGUGCUGUGGCAUAGGGGGUAAAGCCGCUUCCUGCGGUGCUGGCAUCCCAUGUGGGCACUGAUUGGAGUCCUGGCUGUUCCACUUUUUUUUUUUUUAAUUUUUAUUUUUUAAUGUUUUUCUCUAUUUAUUUUUAUUUUUGACAGGCAGAGUGGACAGU